UGGGAGCCGAGGGGCCGCGGUCCUCUAGGCGGCGCGAACGCGGGGCCUCGGGCCGCCCGCUGUCUCUGCGGCUGGCCCUCGGGAGCGGCCUUGCCCCUGCGUGUCGGUCAGGGGGCCGCGGCGCGUUCGCGGAGUGGAAAAGCCGGGGGCGCGGGCGUUGCCCGAGGGCGGUGUCAGGCGGCCGCGGCCCAAGAGCAGGACCGGGUGCCGCGCAGGCCCCCAGCAGGUGUGAAGAGAAAAAAAUGACAUUCCAGUGGGCGGCAGUUGCAGCCUUUCUUUAUGCUGAAAUAGGACUCAUUUUACUCUUCUGCCUGCCUUUUAUUCCUCCUCAGAGAUGGCAGAAGAUUUUUUCAUUUACCGUCUGGGGUAAAAUUGCAACCUUCUGGAACAAGGCUUUUCUUACCAUUAUAGUCCUAUUGAUUGUUCUGUUUCUAGAUGCUGUGAGAGAAGUAAGGAAAUAUUCCUCUACUCCUGCCAUUGAAAGAAGCUCAACCAACAGACCUGGUGCCUAUGAACAUGUACAGAUGAAACUUUUUAGGUCUCAAAGAAAUCUUUACAUUUCUGGAUUUUCAUUAUUUUUUUGGCUAGUGUUGAGACGUCUGCUUAGCCUUAUUACUCAGCUGGCAAAGGAACUGUCAAUCAAAGGAGUGUUUAAAACAGAAGCAGAAAGUACUAAUGAGGCUGCCAAAAAAUUCAUGGAAGAGAAUGAAAAACUAAAACAGCUCCUGAAAAGCUAUAGCAAGGAAGAGGAACACAUUUUGGAAGCAGAAAAUAAAAAACUAAUAGAAGACCAGGAGAAAUUGAAAACUGAAUUAAAGAAGACUUCAGAUGCCCUUUCUAAGGCACAGAAUGACGUGAUGAUAAUGAAGAUGCAAUCAGAGAGACUUUCAAAAGAAUACGACCGACUCCUAAAAGAACACUCAGAACUUCAGGAAGGCAGAGGAAGACUUGGCCACACAGAAGAGGAGAAGGCAGUGUGACCAGGGAGGCAGAGGUUGGGGUGCAGUAGCUGCCAGAGCGGAAGAGGCAAGGAACUAAGUCUCUCCUGGAACCUCCUGAGGUUGCACAGCCCUGAAGAUACCAGUGAAACUUAUUCUACACUUGUGGCCUCCAGAACUAUGAGACAGUUUAUUGUUAUCAGCCACCAAGUUUGUGGUAGUUGCAGCAGCCACAAGAAAUCAAAGUGGGAACAUACAGGAUGAAUCUGUAAUGGACUGGACUGCAUUUCACAAUGUGUGGGAAAGGUGCCCCUUAAUACAUAUCCAUUGGUCUUCCCAUUAGCUAUUUGGGUAAAUCAAAGAUAGCAUUAGCCAUCCCCUGUCUAGUUCUUUCUCUCCUUCAGUUUUAUUUCUCUAUUCCCACUGCCAUUGCCAAAUGAAGCUAUCAUCCUUUCUCUCCUGGCUGACUGACAAUUUCCUACUGGUCUCCCUGCAUGCUCUCGCAUUCCUUUCCUAUGCACACACUCUUGAAUCAUGCCAUAUCCCACUUAAAGCCUUCCAGUUACUUCUCAUUGCUCUUAAGAUCACACUCUCAAGACCUCACCAGCCUCCUAGCUACUCCCCAGCCUCAUCUCAGUCCAUUGUUCCAGCCACCCCCAGUUCUGACUCUUCUCACAACAAGCCAAGUUCUUCAUGCCCUCAGGGCUUUGCAUAUGCAGUUACAUCCUGCGUCCCAGGCUGUCUUCAUUUUAUUUCCAGCAUAGCACUUAUCACUUUAAUUGUCUCAUUUAUGGUCUGGUUUUAUUUUCUGCCCAGUGACUAACAUAGUUCCUGCCCACAGCAGAAACAUAUUUCUCAACAGGGAGUGGGGCAAAUGUUACCAAGGAACAUUUAGCAACAUCUAGAGAUUUUUUGGUUGUCACAAAUAGGGGAAUGCUACUGGUGAGUAGUGGCCAGCGAUGCUGCCCAACCCACUCCAGGUGGCACAGGAUUGCCACUGUUGGGGAGUAAGAGAUUUCCUCUGCCCUUCAAGGUUCUUCUAGCUGAUCUAAGAACCAAACUGACAUGAGACAGAUUCACAGGAGAAAAAAAAAAAAUUAUUAUACAUAUGGGAAAGCCAUAGGCAUGGGUUCCAAAAACAGUCAAGGAGAUUUAGGUAUAUAUGGUCAUCCUGAACCAAGGAGAAGGGCGUAGGGGACUUCAAAGGAACAGGGAAGCAACUCACAGGAAUAUGUAGAGUAAAUGUUUGAUAAUCAAAUAUUCACUGGGCCAUACAAACAAUGAGGGGGCACAAAGAGGAAUUUUAACAGACUUUGCCACAUCCCUCCCUGUCUACCACACCUAGUUUACAUUAUAAUAUAUCUAAGGUGAUGGCUCUCUUCCUGAAGCAUGUCCUAUAAAUUAUUUUCAGGCAGAUGGAGGUGGGGUGGAGGUCCAAGUUCCUUUCAGAGUCUUUGGACCUUGAUUAUUUUCAACUCUGAAAUAAUAUGCAUGUCACAGUGGCACACCUUGGGGCAGCCUGUCCCUACACCCCCGACAAAAACAAAUUAUCUGACCCAAAAUGUCAGUAUUGCCAAGGUUGAGACACCCUGCAGUAGAUGCUUAGCAGGGGGUACUAGUUGUUGCCCAAUAUCCAUUCUUUCGGUCAUCUGUGGUAAAAGAUACCUGGUAUUUUUACACACAGCUGCCAAGCACGAAGACAGUAUUUUCCAGUCUACUUUUAGAUACAAAUAAGAAAGAAUGUCACAUGGUAGCAAUUUUUUUCCUCCUCCGUCCUGCUGCCUGAAACAGAUGCUGCCAUCUUAGAUCAUGAGAUUGAGGUGACACACGCUAAAGCAGCAAAAUAGAAGGGUGUUGUGUCCCUGACAGCAUAGAACUUCUCCCAAAUUGCUGCUCAAUAAGUAGAUGAAUAAAGGAAUGCCAUUGGAUAUUUUCAGUGCAUUCUCUCUCUUAACAGAGCCUAAAAAUUUUUAAUAUGUCCUAUCCACAGAACCAUCAGCCUUUUUUCUCUUUCUUGCCUAUUUGUGGGUCUCAUCAACCCUGCCAUUAUGUUAGAAUUAUGAGUUUAACUAUACCCUCUACUUUCUGUGUACAUUCCAUUUUUUAUAUUGAACGUUUAAACAUAAUUAGCCCAACAGCAGUAUGCAACACACACCCCCAC